AUGAGUAGUACCGAGUACAUUGGAUGGCGAAUCGACGUUCUCGCCGGCGUGCUCACGCCACUGCAGAUUCUCUGCGUCGGCCUGAGAUUCUACUCACACCGCCUGAGCGGGAAGAAGUACGAUUGGGAUGAUUGGUUGAUUUUGGCUAAUCUCUUCACCCAGCUCGUUCUGGCUGGGAUGAUCUUAGGUGUGGUGCAUCAAGGAGGAGUCGGAUACCACGUCGAAUACCACGCCGAAAGAGACCCCGAGACACUCGUCAUCUACUUCAAAUAUCUUGCGGCUAUCCCGAUAUGGUACAGCGCGACCAUCAAUCUUUCCAAGCUGGCCAUCCUGGCCGUCUAUAAAAGAUUGUUUCCACAGAGAAGGAUGCACAUAUGUAUCUGGGUCCUGGCCGGCAUUCUUGUUGUGCAUAGCAUCGUCGGAGUCAUCCUCCUUUUCACCGUUUGCAGGCCGUUCUGGGCCAACUGGGGAUCGCUAGAGGUCCAAAAUGCGCACUGCUACGACCGUAUCGCCUUAUUUCUCUGGUACAGCUUGCCAAGCAUCAUCACCGACGUGAUCUUGAUUCUCCUGCCUCUCCCCGUCGUGUGGAAGUUGCAGUUGACGAGCAAGCUCAAGAUCGCCUUGACGGUUACAUUUUUGAUUGGAGGAAGUGACUUUCAUAUGCUAAGUAUCUACGGAAGUGGUCUUCUCGCAUCCAUCAUGCGAUUCCGGGGGUUUGCGGAAAACAAUCUGUUCCCCGACUUUACCUGGACCGCGACCGUGCUCAUGACCUGGACGCUGGUAGAGCCCUCGAUCUAUCUCAUCUCGGCCUGUUUUAUGAUGUACCGCCCGCUGCUCGAACGAGUGGUACGCGUGGCCAAAAACUCGACGAUUAGGAGUACUACAGGGGCAAAGGGAACAUCAAAGAGUCUCAACAGCACGGACGCGAUAGAGAUGGGACAUAGAAGCCAGGUCGGCAGCCAUGGUCAUAGAUUCGAGCGGCUCUACGGGGAGGGGGACGAGGAGGCCCUGAGGCCGACAUAUGACCCUGCACAUAUUCAUGUUAGAACGGAUAUUGAUGUAUCCAAGGCAUAG